AGGUUCACACGAAGAAGAGAAAUCGUUUGACCACACAAAAGCUCAACUCCUUGGUGUACAUCAUGUACAAUAGGAGGCUUAGAGGAAAACAUGUCAAAUUGACAAGUAUGUGUGAAAAUAAGGACCCACUGGUAGUUGAUCAUUUGGCCUCUGACGAUGAAUGGUAUGUUGGUAAUGAAAACGAGGCAAAUGAAAAUCCUCCAACUAAUAUGGCUGCAAUUACACAAAUGAUUGAGGGGGAUUCAUCUUCAUCAAGGACAAGAAAGAAGAGAAAGAAUAUCACAAAUUCAAAAGGCAAAGAUAAGAGAGUCCUGCUGAUUGAUGAGGAAGAGACUGAUGAAGAGGAUGAGCUCCAAGAUGACAAUAAUGAUGAAGAUGGGGGGCAUGAUGAUUGGGAUGAUUAAAACUUUAAAUAUUUGACAAACUGCAGAAUUUGGUUUUUUGAUUUACUUUGGUUUUUUGAUAUAUUUUCAGCUUUUAGUUUUAUGAUUUGAGACUUUUAAACCCAUAAUUUAUAUAUUUUAAGUUUUAUA